GGGCGCUGUGCUCAAUAAUGAGGUAAACACUCGCAGGUUACUUUGCUGCGGGGUGUCGAGAAUGUUUUGUUGUUUUUUUUUUACCCCCCACUGGAAAUGAUGCGUCAUGCUUUAGAAUCGGCGUUUCUGUGCAGUCAUAACUAUUGGUCAGCAGAUCAGCCAGUUAUUUUGUGCUGACGGCUGAAUGUGCCUGAAUGAGGGAGGAGGAGUGUGUGCAGGCUGACCGGAUGCAGUUGUUUUGAAAUCAUCAGCUCUGUCCUCUGAGGGACGCUCGGCUCUGCUGCUUGAGUCUGCACCGAGCAGCCGCCCCGGUUAAGUCCCACGAUGCCGAUCAAUAAGACCCACGUCAGUGUCGCCUACUCUUCGCUCGGUGUGAUCCUGGGGGUCUCUGCCUUCCUGGUGUGGAACAUCGUGUACAAACAGCCGUGGACCGGGGCCACGGGGGGUCUGUCAGGUGUUUUGGCCCUGUGGACCCUGAUCACUCAUGUCAUGUACCUGCAGGACUACUGGCGGACGUGGCUAAAGGGGCUCAAGUUCUUCCUUUGCGUGGCGAUUUUCUUCUCUGUGCUCGCCAUCGUGGCCUUCAUCACUUUCCUCUCCAUUGCCAUCAGCAGGAAGGAGUCUUUCGCUGACCCUCGGAGUCUCUACCUGUCAGCUGUGUGGAGCGCUAUGAGCCUGAAGUGGUCCCUCCAGCUCCUCCUGGCUGCCAAACGCUACCGCAAAGAGUUUGCGGACAUCAGCAUCCUCAGUGACUUCUGAAUCCGCUGCCCUCUCCCGCAGCCACCACUCGGAGACUUUGGAGUCCAGUCACUGUGCUGGCUCUACAGCCUGAAUGAGCACUGUAGCAAAUUUGGAGGAACUGCAGGAAGUUUGAAAACUAAUUUCUUCUCUUUGUCACACUUGCAUCACCGCCUUAUUUUCUUACUAUAGGAAGGACUUCUGUUGAAUCCAGCACUCUUCUUUACAGUCCAUGAUAGAUUUACUAUUUGGCAUCUACAAAUGUAACCAUUUGCACAUUCCAGUCUUUUUUCUUUUCCUCUAACGCUAGAAUUUUAACACUCUGUAACUUAUUUCCACAACUGUAACUUGUGGAAAUAAGUUACAGUUUCAUGCUACUGCCACUAGAGGUCCCUACUCCUCCAACUAUAACGAAACAGUUUGGAUUUCUGAUUGUUAACCUGACUGUGGCUCCCUUAUUCAUGUUGUAUAUCAUGGAUGAUCUGCCCUAGAGUAUGAAUAAAGUCUUUUACAGAUAAGUCACCUUCCUAAACAAUGUAAAAAAAACAAAAUGACUGAAACAUUUUGACUUUCUUUUGCAAAUUCUAACUACGUAUAAAAGGCCCAUGUGUCUCAAUUCAGGGGGAUAUUAAUGUAAAUAAGUUUUGUAGUAUUUAUAAUUGCCUGCAAAGGUUUUGUUGUGUGUGUUUAAGUGUUUGUUAUUCUGUCCUGCUCAUUUAUGCCUACUGCCAUUGUUUAGAUCAUUUUCCAUUUCCACUUUAAGCCUCGUUCUUUGGGAUUCAUCUCUCUGAGCUAAUCUGAAGCUUUAUGGCAUUACACAUCGACAUGCAUCUGUCAAUUGAAUGUAGAACUUUGGGGAUUUUUUUGUACAAAAUUGGAUCUGUUAUUAAAGUGCACUUUUCACAUCUA